GAAAUGCCAGUUAUCGGCAUUUCUCUCCUUUCGAGCUGGCACUGAUGAUCAGUGUGCCCUGAUGAUCAGUGUAGUCCCAGCACUGCCACCUGUCAAACUCCAUCAGUGCCAGCUGUCGGUGCCGAUCAGUGCCACAUGCCAGUGCCUAUCAGUGCCACAUCAAUGCCACAUAUCAGUGCAUACCAGUGCACAUCAAUGCCACAUAUCAGUGCCCAUCUGAGCUGCCUUUCAGUGUCAUCCAUCAGUGCCAGUCAGUGCCACCUAUCAAUGCCAAACAUUGACGCCUAUCAGUGCCAGUCAGUGCCG